AAAGAGUUCAUCACCAGGAGGUUUCCCCGGACAUUCGCAAACCACUCGUUUUUGUGGCUGCCUCCUGGUGACGAUGGCCGCGUGAGCAUCUGCCAUGGCCAACCGCAAGCGCCAGAGCACAGCGAGCAGCAUGCUGGACCACAGAGCGAGGCCGGGCCCCGUGCCCCGUGGCCAGGAGCCCGAGAGCCAGGACGCCGAGCUGCCUCUGGAGGAGUACGUGCCUCAGGGCCUGGAGCUGGCCACGCUGCGGGCCGAGAGCCCCACGCCCCCGGAGCAGAGCUGCCAUGACCACAGCCCCGACGGGGACUCCAGCUCCGACUACGUGAACAACACUUCAGAGGAGGAGGACUAUGAUGAGGGCCUCCCAGAGGAGGAGGAGGGCAUCACCUACUACAUCCGCUAUUGUCCCGAGGAUGACAGCUACCUUGAAGGCAUGGACUGCAACGGGGAGGGGUACCUGGCCCACGGUGCGCGCCACCCAGACACAGACGAGUGUCAGGAGGCUGUGGAGGAGUGGACGGACUCGGCCGGCCUGCACCCCCAUGGCCACGGGGACGGAGGUGGCCCGGACUACCGGGAUGGCCACCUCUCCAUCCCAGAGGAUGAGGCCUCGGUGCUGGGGGUCCAGGACCAGGAGGAAGGCAUCCACUACUGUCCCAGCGAAGACGGUUACCAGAACUACUACCCCCCCGAGGCCAACGGCAACGCGGACCGUGCGUCUCCCUAUCGCCCAAGGCGUGGGGAUGGGGACCUAGAGGACCAGGAGGAGGACAUCGACCAGAUUGUGGCUGAGAUCAAGAUGAGCUUGAGUAUGACCAGCAUCGCCAGUGCCGGAGAGGCCAGCCCCGAGCACGCGCUGGUGCCGGGGCCGGAGCCAGGGCCAGGGGACUCCACAGAGGCCGGCCUGCCCGGAGAGACCAGCCGCGGCCCCAGCCGGCACGAGGGAAGGCCCAAGUCACUCAACCUUCCUCCUGAGGCCAAGCUCCCCGGAGACCCCCAGAGAAGCUUCAAGACCAAGAGCAGGACUCCCGAGGAGAGGCCAAAGUGGCCCCAAGAGCAGGUCUGCGAGGGUUUGGAGCAGCUGAGGAAGCAGCAGCGCUCAGAUCUCAACGGGCCCGUCGAUAACAACAACGUCCCGGAGACAAAGAAGGUGGCAUCCUUUCCGAGUUUUGUGGCUGUGCCAGGGCCUUGCGAGCCAGAGGACCUCAUUGACGGGAUCAUCUUCGCCGCCAACUACCUGGGGUCCACCCAGCUGCUCUCGGAACGGAACCCGUCCAAAAACAUCAGGAUGGUGCAAGCCCAGGAGGCCGUCAGCCGGGUCAAGAGGAUGCAGAAAGCGGCUAAAAUCAAGAAAAAAGCGAGUUCCGAGGGGGACGCCCAGACUCUGGCGGAAGUGGACCUCUUCAUCUCCACCCAGAGGAUCAAGGUGUUAAAUGCGGACACACAGGAAGCCAUGAUGGACCACGCCUUGCGCACCAUCUCCUACAUCGCCGACAUCGGGAACAUCGUGGUGCUGAUGGCCCGGCGGCGCAUGCCCCGCUCGGCCUCCCAGGACUGCAUCGAGACCACGCCGGGGGCCCAGGAGGGGAAGAAGCAGUACAAGAUGAUCUGCCACGUGUUCGAGUCUGAGGACGCCCAGCUGAUUGCCCAGUCCAUCGGCCAGGCCUUCAGCGUGGCCUACCAGGAGUUCCUGCGGGCCAACGGCAUCAACCCCGAGGACCUGAGCCAGAAGGAGUACAGCGACAUCAUCAACACCCAGGAGAUGUACAACGAUGACCUCAUCCACUUCUCAAACUCGGAGAACUGUAAGGAGCUGCAGCUGGAGAAGCACAAGGGAGAGAUCCUGGGUGUGGUGGUGGUGGAGUCGGGCUGGGGCUCCAUCCUGCCCACGGUGAUCCUGGCCAACAUGCUGAACGGGGGCCCCGCCGCCCGCUCGGGGAAGCUGAGCAUCGGGGACCAGAUCAUGUCCAUCAACGGCACCAGCCUGGUGGGGCUGCCCCUGGCCACCUGCCAGGGCAUCAUCAAGGGUCUGAAGAACCAGACGCAGGUGAAGCUCAACAUCGUCAGCUGCCCGCCGGUCACCACGGUCCUCAUCAAGCGGCCAGACCUCAAGUACCAGCUGGGCUUCAGCGUGCAGAACGGAAUUAUCUGCAGCCUCAUGCGGGGAGGCAUCGCCGAGCGAGGGGGCGUCCGCGUGGGCCACCGCAUCAUCGAGAUCAACGGGCAGAGCGUGGUAGCCACAGCCCACGAGAAGAUUGUGCAGGCUCUGUCCAACUCAGUCGGAGAGAUCCACAUGAAGACCAUGCCCGCUGCCAUGUUCCGGCUGCUCACGGGCCAGGAGACCCCGCUGUACAUCUAGGCCCCCCGCUGCCUGGGCCCAGGAGCCGGAGGCCGGACCCAGGACCUGACCCCACACCCACCAGGGACGCUGGCUGCCCUGAAGGGAUCCCCUGACCACCCACUUCUUUUUUCCUGACAAACAAGGGGUCUGCCUAUAUCAAAGGAGAGUCCAGGAACAAUCUUUGUAAAACAGUCAAGUAUUUGCUGCGUCCUGAUCCGUUUUCUCAUUGCGACUGACGAGGUGUGUGUUGUGCCUCCGUGUGCUGUGGAUGUCUGUCCGAGGCUGUGAAUGAGUGCGGUGUUUCGGGUGUGGCCACGAGGGGGUCCACAGCCAGCGCCUGGGCAGCAGAGGCGGGGCCUCGGGAGGCCCGACGGCCCCCGACGGGCUGGUGGUGCCGCUGCUGUGUCCUCCGGCAGCUGGCUCUCGGGACAUCCUGUGAGUGCCGUUUGGGAACACGCGGUUGUACUGAACUUGGACAGAGGACCGUUCCUGAGUUAAAUAAAAGAUCAUGGCCACACAGCAGAAUUCCAUAACGAUUUAGCAAACCCGCUGGUUUGACUUUGAAUUUUGACCAGCCGUCCUUCAGACUCGAGGGUUUUCGGAUGACCCGUGACCUCGCCUGUGCUCUGGUCUCCGUAGACUCCCUGGGGACAAGGAGGCAGCCCGGGUGUCGGCCCUCUGCUUACACUCUGUCUACACACACGUGCUCCCCCCAGAAAACACAGAACCCCCGAAACUCGCCCGGUGCCACUUGGGGACAGCCGGGAGCCAUUGACACAAGCAGUAUUGGAGCGUGUGCAUCAGCCCAGCCUAGUCCAGCUCCGCCCCUAGAGCUCAGUGUUACCGACGUCCUUGUGUCUGGAAGUCUCUCUGGCCCAGGCCCUGAAGAUACACUGUGAUUAAGAAGCCUUACCCGCAGUAACUGCAGCCCCCGGGCACCGUGCCCGAGGAGUGACCACCUGUGUGUUGCAUGCUGCCCACCUUAGGAAGACUCGCUCACAUCACCAAUAAACCUGACUCAUCACGAA